AUGUGUGACCAGCAGAAGCAGGUGCAGUUCCCUCCAUCUUGUGUGAAAGGUUCAGGAUUGGGGGUUGCACAAAGUUCCCAAGUUACCACUGUGAAAUGCCCAGCUCCAUGCACAACUAAAACCUGCGUGAAAUGCCCAGCUCCAUGCACAACUCAAACCUGCGUGAAAUGCCCAGCUCCAUGCCAGACAACCUAUGUGAAAUGUGCAGCUCCCUGCCAGACGUAUGUGCAGUGUCCAGCUCCAUGCCAGACAACCUAUGUAAAAUGCCCAGCUCCCUGCCAGACGUACGUGAAGUGCCCAGCUCCGUGCCAGACGACCUACGUGAAAUACCCGACUCCCUACCAGACCCAGACAUACUAUGUCCAGUACCCUUCUUCCCAGCGCUACUACAUUCAGUCUUCUGCAAGUGGCUCGGGCGCCUCGUACUGUGUCCCUGAUCCAUGCUCUGCUCCCUGUUCCACCAGCUACUGCUGCCUGGCUCCCCGGACCUUCGGGGUGAGCCCCCUCAGACGGUGGGUCCAACGGCCUCAAAACUGCAACUCAGGAUCAUCUGGCUGCUGUGAGGAUUCUGGCUGCUGUGAGGAUUCUGGGUGCUGCAGCUCCGGGUGCUGCUGCUCUGGGUGCUGCUCUGGGAUCUGCUGUUUGGGAAUUAUUCCCAUGAGGUCAGAAGGUCCUGCGUGCUGUCAUCACGACGAUGACUGCUGCUGUUAAAUACAGAAACACAGCUCUGCUCCCAAACUCAAUGCCUGCUUUACCUGCUGAACCUUCACCAGCCCUGCCUGCUCUCUGUCUUCCCAGUGAUGUAGAACUUCAUUGCUUCACCUCCACACUUGGCUUCUUUAUCAAGGCAGCCUGCCAGA